AUGAUGCUCAAAACUGUACAGCAGUCUGAGGUUGUGCCCAUGAAUAAAGUUAGGAUUUCUGUGACUGCCUUAUCAGGAAAACAGAUUUUAUGUAAGCAAUCGACACCUUUAUAUAGUCUAAAUAAAUCGUAUUUGAACAUGCUGAUUAACAAUACAGAUCAACAUCUGAAAGAAGGUAAUCGAUAUUUUGAGUGUCCCAAAUGUAGCAAGACCUUUACCCGAAAAGACAACCUAAAAACCCACUUGAAAGCGUACUGCGGAAAACCCCCGUUGUUCAGUUGUGCCUUGGAAGGAUGUGACUACAAAUGCAAGAAGAAGGCAAAUCUUCAACGACAUUACAUACGGAAACACAAUGAUUAUUCUAUGGUGUAUGCCGAUUCACCACCAUUACAUUUGUCGCUUUUGGAUAUUAUCCAACAAUCAGCAGGAUCGAGUGACCUGGACACUUUUCCGGAAAGAAAAUAAUCUGCGAAAAUGGUGAUAGAUAAAGCUAUAUGUAUACUUCCAUACACCACAGAUGAAGAUAUAUAAACACCAUGAUAUUAUUACUCGAGAAGAUAAAGACACGCGCAUGCGGUCAGUCUAUUUUUUUCGCAUACGUGACGUCACUCGGUGACCCAGAGACGAGCGACAAACGUUCAGUUGUCAUGACGCUCAAGCACGUAAUUUCUUACUACGAGUAUAUGGUUUCGCUAGUUUAUUGCCUGCCGUGUUUCAAAUAAGUCUCGAUCAUUUAAAAACAGUGAAUCAAACAUUUAAAUAUGGUGUACUGCGCAGUGGUGGGUUGUUCAAGAAACAACAACAAGAAAAUCAAAGACGUUUUGAAUUGGCGUUUCUUCAGUUUCCCGAAAAACAAACAACUGUCUGAACAAUGGAUUCUGACGCAUCACAAGUUCAAUAAUGUCUAAUUGAAAGUUAAACUAAAACUAAAAACUUGACCAUAUUUUCUACACUUUCAACACCAGCAUCUUGUUCUAGAUAUAAAGUUAAUUUCAAAUAGAGAUAUAAAAGAAAAAUCCAGAAUUCUGAAUCGGAAAGUGACGAAUAUUGUAAAAUAAACUCAUUAAAGUCAUUUACCAACCCAGAACACCUACUCAUAAGAGAUUAAAAGACAAAUUAUACAUAAGUAACAUUUUAUACAAAAUAAUAAAGAUCAAUACUAUAUCGUGUUACCCAUUCUUUUUUUUCAUAUAAAAAGUUAAUAUAACAAAUUAAUGUAUGUCACUAAUGCACAAAGAUAAUAUUUGAAACCAAUUUACUUCAAUAAAAAAGUAAUUCACUCUAUUUGGAGCUCUAAACAAAUUUUGGUUUGAAAAUCUUCAUGCGCGUCUUCAGUAAGUCUUAGCUUAUUUAGAACCUUUUAAGUUGUCUAUUGUUAGUCUUCCAAAGGAGAUUACUUCAUAAAGGUAAUGUAUCCUGUGUAUAAUGAUAUACUUAAUUGAAUUGUAAUGCCAAAACAUUAAAAUAAAAAUAAAACAGUUUAUAUAGUACUAUGAUUAUCAUCUAAAAUCGAAAUCAUAAAAAAAUAAUGAGCAAAUAUUCCAAAUAUUGAAAAUAAAACGCUCUAAUACGUCAUUUCAUACCGACAAGCGCAAUAUUUGUCACCGAGUGACUUAUAGUAUCAUCUAUAAACAUUACAGGUCAAUCAGAAAUAAUCGUUAGUAACGUAUUUCAACUUGUCUUUAUAUAUAGUAAGUAGGUAUCCAACCAAUCAUGAGCCUUUCAAAUACCAUAAUUUCUUAUAUACGUUUCUAUUUUGCUCUUUUUUUAAUCUUUCCACUGACCAUAUUUAUUUCCCCUUUAUCCAGAUACCAAUAUUUGAGCAUUUGAAAAGAUACAGUAAUUCAAUAGAUGGUAUUUAUAUAUCUUCCUACUAGGCUUACUGGUACUGGUUUACAGAGAACUAGAAUCAAUAUGAUAAUAAUGAUACAAUCCAUUUUCAAUGUCUAUUAACAUUAAUUAACUUGUUCUACCUGAAGACAGCCAACUACAUACUGUAUUCUGGGGCCCAAAAAGGUUAUGUCUACAGAACACAACCUUUAUGUAAUGUUUUCUUUUAAUAUUUUCCAGUUAAACACAGGCAGGGUAUGCUUAUAUUACAGGCAGGUAACAGUUGAACAAGAAGGAUUGAAGUUUAUUUACAAAGUAUAUAAAUCAUUAAUCAAACCUUAUACCUUCCCCACCCCAUCC